CUCACGUUUGGGAUGCAAAGACCGAGAUCUCGCAUCACCCACGAGCUGUCCGCUCAGUCUGAACUGCCGCCUUGCGCGGGGUUCUGCGCGUCCCGCCUGCUUCUUGUGUUGCCCCGUGAGGUCUCAGUGGACAAGCUGCGAAUAUCACGGUACUCGUGAUAGCUCAUGGAGGGGGAGAUAUAAGUCACCACAUUGGCCGGUAUCCCUCAGCCAUCUGUAGGACUGUUCUACCCCCAGAUGUUCAGCACAUAUCUUCAGCGGCCGUUCUCCAAGGUUCUGGCGACCAUUGGUUCACGACGAGCCAUCGUCUGCACGCGUCAGACGAUGGCUAGUUUUUCUACUGGCUUCAGUUGUCGCUCCGCCCAGGACUCGCCCUUGAAAAUCGAGCACCAGCAAAACAAGACCGGCGUCCUCCCUUCCUACGGUCCCGUCGGCGUAGCUGCUGCGCUUGACGCGUCUCCCAGUAUCAUUCCAACCCCGACUAUCUUCGAACACGAAUUCUCUCUUAGAGAUAGGGUCGCCCUUGUCAGCGGCGCGAAUCGUGGACUCGGUCUCGAGAUGGCCAUGGCGCUGGCAGAAGCCGGCGCGCGAGCAGUAUAUUGUGUCGACCUCCCUGAGAAGCCGGGAGAAGAGUGGAACAAGGUCAAGGAAUACAUGGCGCGGAUGAAAGGCAAAGCUGGAGAAGGUAGGCUAGAGUACUUCAGCGCGGACGUGCGCGAUCAGGAGCGCUUGUGGAAGAUUGGUGAGAUGAUUGGCGACAGGGAAGGCCGUAUGGAUGCCUGUAUCGCCGCUGCGGGCAUCCUCAACCCGGAGACUGAUUGUCUAGAGUACGAAUCCAAGGCCUUUCAGAAGGUGAUGGAGGUCAACGUGAACGGCGCACUCUUCACCGCACAAGCUGCUGCCAGACAGAUGGCCCGCUUCGGGAACGGCGGCAGUAUCACCUUCAUAGCCAGCAUGAGCGGAAGCAUCACUAACAGGGAUCAUCCUUGGAUCUCGUACAACACCUCCAAAUCCGCCGUCCUUCAGAUGACCCGUAGCAUGGCUUGCGAACUAGGACCGAAGCGCAUCAGGGUCAACUCCCUUAGUCCUGGUCACUUCUACACCAACAUGACCGCAGCUUACUUGGACGUGCGCCCGCAUCUGGUCGAAGUGCUAUCGAAUGCCAAUCCGCUGAACCGCCUCGGCCGAUCUGAUGAACUGAGAGGCGUCGUGACGUGGCUUGCUAGCGAUGCCAGCACAUUCUGCACGGGAAGCGAUAUGCUUGUGACUGGAGGACAUCACGCAUGGUAAACGGGUUGUCCUUCACAAGCCUUUCAUUGUGUCUUUUCUUCUGGGAUACACGCGACAUUCGGCAUGAAAGUCACCUAUUUAUGAAGCUUCGAUGUGUUGAUACGAUACCAUAGACGAGUCGGGAGAACCAGACAGUUGUGGACUUCACCUUCCCAGCCAUAAAUGUGCUUGCCAUUCUUUCAUGGUAUGUAACGGAGCCUACUUCCCAGCAGUUUCUCGCAAUUCAGACGUUUCAGCCAGUGCCA